UAUACACUCAUAAAGAGAAAGUUUGUGGAGAAAAAGAAAAGUUUGAGGAGAGGAUUCAGUCAGUACUGGGUUUGUUUGUGGACUAAAUGUGACAUGGGAGAAACCUCAUAAAUUCUUCACAGGAGUCUGAACCUGACUGACCUUUAUUUUUUGUUGAUUUAAAAAAAAAAAAAAACAACCUGUACCAAAACAAAGGGUGCAAAGGGAAGAAGAAGAAGAAGAAGAAAUGAAGAACUUGAUGCAGUCAGUAGAAGUGGGGGUCUCUCAGCGGAGGGGAGUUAAUGUAACUCGACCCAAAGUUUGGCUAAAGAAUGAACUUGUUCGUGUGGGACUUGCUGAAACUCUUUGCACGUAUGUCAUGAUGGCGUUUGGUCUGGGGUCUGUGGCUCAGGUCGUGACUGGACAGGGAGCGUUCGGACAGUACUUCAGCAUCAAUGUGGGUUUUGGGCUCGGUGUUGCUAUGGGUGUUCACGUUGGAGGGAAGGUCUCAGGGGCUCAUAUGAAUGGAGCAGUGUCAUUCACAAUGUGUGUGUUUGGCCGCCUUGCAUGGAAAAUGUUGCCCCUGUACAUUUUUGCACAAUUGUUGGGGUCAUUUCUGGCAGCAGGGACAAUUUAUGGGAUCUACUAUGAGGCCAUUCAUGACUAUUGUGGAGGAAACCUGACUGUAACUGGUGCAAAGGCCACAGCUGGUAUCUUUGCCACCUAUCCUGCACCAUACCUCUCCUUGAUGGCUGGAUUUGUUGACCAGGUGUUUGGCACAGCGAUGCUCCUGCUGUGCCUCAUGGCUCUAUCUGACCAGAAGAACAAACCGGCUGCAGCGGGUGGCGAGCCUGCUGCGGUUGGUCUCCUGGUGGUGCUCAUUGGCAUUUCUCUGGGCAGCAACAGCGGCUACGCUAUCAACCCCACCAGAGACAUUGCACCCAGAAUCUUUACUGCCAUAGCAGGCUGGGGAACUGAUGUGUUCAGGGCUGGAAAUGGGUGGUGGUGGGUGCCUCUGGUUGCUACCCCCGUUGGAGGAGUACUGGGAGCAGGAAUAUACAAAGUGUUCGUGGAACUGCACCACCCACCCCACUCUGAACAGGCUGAGGGGUCAGCAGAGGAGUCUAUCCCUCUGGAGAAAGACCAAAACAUCUGUGCUAAUGUAUGUGUAUGACAUCCCCAACUAUGCAAACAACUAAGUGAAUGUGUAGCCGUGCGGACAUUUGUACGCAGUGAAAACAUUCCACGUCGACAAAGGGUUAAAAAGACCAAAACUAUUUGCUUGUGGAUGGGGAGCGAAGUACGUUUACAAAAAGGGAGACUGGCUCAAAUAAGGUUUGGUUUUCAAAUUUACACACACAUUAAUAUCAUCAGAUUUAGCUACUCGACUGGAAACAGUUUAAUCGACAGAGAUUUUAAUACAUAUAAAUUAUAUUAGACAUUUUGACGAGUCAUACUGAGGUUUGUGUCUCUUUGUUCCCUUCCGUUUAAGUUUAAAAGGGAUUAAACAAAGCUAAAGCUAUUUUAUAAAUGAAGAAUGAACAGAAACACAGUAACUAACUUUUUAAUAUUGAGGCAAUAGCAGCUGAUACAACCAUGAAUAUCAUUCGUUAUAACAAUCAACAGGGGACCACUUAUAUGGUCGUAGAAACCUCAGAGUAUGUAAAGAGAAGAAAACAGUGCUAAUACAUUGCAUUAAAAAAAACAAACAUGUAUCUUUGUGUAAGUCAAAUAGAAACAGUAGGAGCUGGCUUCUCACAACUUGAAAGGGCAACAGCUCAAUUAAAGAUAAUGCACAUAUUUGUCCUUCCACCAAGCCAGUGCACAGCAGCCAAAAGACAAAAAGUGUACAUGUGUCCUCUCCAGAGUACUUAUAACAAAAACUUAGUCCUACAUGUUGUAUCAGGUCUGUUUACUGUUAUUCUUUUGGCAUCAAGAGCCGUAAAUGAAUGAAGAUGGAUAAAAAAUGCUGGCUAUAACUUUCUCAUAUUAGUUCAUAAAUAUGGAAUAAUCAGAGUGGCUUUUAUGAUCAUUAUACAGAGCAGUGGUCCUAAACUCCAAUGCAGCUUUUCACCUUUGUAAAGUUUACAUCAGUGAAUCAAUGGCCUGUGAGUAACAUUGAUUACUAAAGCCUAACUUCAUGGUUUAUUGCCAGUCCUUGACAUUGUAACAUUUCAUGCUAAGGUUUGCACACACACUUUAGUGAUGUAAGGUUCGAUACUGAAGCUUAGAGUUCAUGAGCUGUUCAAACUGACGCUUGGUAUUGAAGCCUGAACAAUUUUAGUGAGUCGUAUGAUCAGCUUCUAUUUGUAGAAUCACACUAUGACUUACUUUCCAUUUUCAAAAUGUUACUACUACUCUUCAGUCGUAUAGGCUGAACCUACAGUAUUACUUUCAAUUACUGAUGCUUUGAUGUAAAGAAAUGCGUUACUGAAUAAAUUACAAACUUUAUUAGGAACUUUACACAUUAUAUAUAUAUAUAUAUAUAUAUAUAUAUAUGUAUGUAUAUAUAUAUAUAUAUAUAUAUAAAUAAAAAACAAAAAAAUUGUUGUUGUAUAAUGCAUUAAAAAAUGAGCAACAAAUAAAGCACAGUGAUAGUAACUGCAGUUAUGAAUGGAUGGUGUCCUUGAUAGCAGCAGUGGUACAUUUUGACACAUCAGUAUUAUAUGCUAUGACAGCAGCACAUGAUUAUAUUUCUUGAAAUGACUGCUUUAAAUUACUUUUUACCAGGAGUUGUCACCAGCGAACGCGAAAUAAAUUAGUUUGUGAAUAUUGUAACUGGUUCUGAUGCAAUUAGCUGGUGAUUCAAAGACUAAUUUCUCCAUCAUGCUCAACCUUCCCUUUAUCAGAUAAAUACCACCUUAGCCAUGUGUUGAGCCAGCAAUACGCCUUGUUAAGCAUCUCUUUAGACAUGCAGCUUAGUUUUUGGACAACAUGCUCUCACAUUGCAUAGAGCUUCCAACACACUGAGUCCAGUCAACGAAAGAAUUGCAGGCUGCUCUUUGAAGCCAUGUUGAUCAUACAAAUAACGAGGUUGACUGAAAUGUCUUUCUUGGAUGUGAACCUUCUCACCGCUUCGUUCCGCUGUGUCUUCCUAUGUUGCCUUGGCCCUUAGCGGUACUCCCUGAGCCACACUGUGUUGACUGCUUCUUCUUGGGGGCUGGUGCCUUUGAUUUGCCUUUGAAGGCCUUUGUAGGAUCCAGCUUGUUGAGAUAGGAAUCUCCAGCAGGAUCUCCAAGGCUGAGUUCACAGCUGAAGGUCAGCGGCUGGUAAAGGGAUGCCCACUGCUGCACAGGGAACCAGAGUAUUGACAGUUUGAAAUAAACUCUUUAGUUAUGUGGACAAAAAAAACAUAUGCAUUACAAAUUGCAUGUAGCAGGGGCACACUACAAAGAAAAUCUGAAAAAUAUAUUGUUCCUCCUUUGCUCAGUUUUUCAGCAAUGCAGUUUUUAUGCUCAGGAAAUUGUGGCAUUUAAUGCAUAUGAGUAAAGAGACUUUCAAAGGGUGACAAUGACAAGACACCUAUCAUAUUUCAGUUGGGGUAAAACACUUUGAUACUUUGUGUAAUUGUCUAAAAACUCUGAGUUAUGUCAUUGUAUUAAAAUAUUUAAUGAGCCAAAAUUGUAGUAUACUGUAAAGGGAUCAUUCUGAACAAAUUUUAUUUUGUAUACCUGUAUUGGUUCCAAGUGUUGUUAAUAUCAUUACUGAAUAUUACAGAUGCCAAAUGCAACAUAUGGUUUAAAAAAGACUGAUUAAACAUUCAGCCAUUUGCUACCUUGG